AUGGCCGAAGUUGGCCUGGAGGGCAGCAAAAGGAAUUCCAACGCGAAAGACGGCCCAAUCCCAGUUGCGCACCAGGAAGUCAUUCUUCAGGCCGAAGUGCUUGCGCUGGUGAGGGAUGAAAUCCAAAGUUGGAAGUUGGCAGUGGGAACGACCAACGGCGCAAUGGGAAAAUACAUGAUAUCAUGGGACCCUACCGGUCUCGCCGGCGAUGUCGCUGUUCAAUCAAGAGAAGACAAGGUCACAGUCCUUGAACUGCUCGGCACUGCACUCGCGCAGGACGAUGUUGCUGAGCGUCUCCGACAUGAGCAAUGCCGCCACCGGACAGCAUCCUUGUACUUCUUGCCAUGGGAACGCUUUGAGGCACCAACAGCGUGGAGCUCCAGGAAGAGGUGA